GCCUCCCAACUCUUCUUCUCUUCCCGUCCAGCCUCUCCACCGCUUAUUAUUCUCCCCUCCCUCUUCCUCCAGCACCCAGUUCUCGAUAGCUGCGUCGUGCUCCCCGUCUCCUCCUCUGCUGCUCGCCUCGCCUACAUCGAGAAACCCAUCGCACGUCUCCCGCCGUCGUGCCAUCCCAGCCCUCUUCGUCGCCCGUACUGAGUAGAUCAGCGUUGUUGGUACCUUCGUACCGGGAGCGAUUCCCCCCCCCCCCCCCAGGUCACAAGCGCUCGUCAGCGUCCAUCGUCGUCUGCAAAGUUGCGACUCGGCGGACCUGCGACGGUAGUAACCCUCCAUCACUUACAACGUCCCGCACCAGUGCGCCUUUUUUUAUUUUGUAUUAAACAAGAGUCUCUCCUCCUGUCCGCCUUGCCGUGCGUCGCGCCUGUUUCUCUACGCUAGCCCUGCUCGCAAUCUGGCUGGUAAUAAGUCCGCAGCAAUAACAACAACUUUUCGCUGCGGCUUCUCCCCCUGGUCCCUAUCCGACGGCCGCCCCAGGGUGCGGCAUUGAAGACCGAGAGGGAUUGCAUUCGAAGCCGUCGUGACGCGUGAUCGAGUUCGCACACCGAGACCCUCAUGGCAAAUCAUCAUCCCUCGCCACAGAUGGCGAUGCAGCUGCACCAUGGGCCGCCGGCGCCGCCCCCUCCACCCGGUCCGGCUCCAGGGGCUCCGUGGACGACUCCGUCGCGACACAUCGUGGCCGUGAACGAGGCGCUCUGGAUGCAGAUAGGCAGUUUCUCCGAGCUUCUCGGCAACUUCGAAGAUGCUAUGGUUGCCUACGAGCGCGCGCUGAAUGCCAACCCGAACUCGAUCCCGGCGAUGAACGCCAUUAGUCUGAUCCUCAGGACUCGCGAGGACUUCCACAAGGCGGUCGAGUACCUGCAAGCUAUACUCAAGAUUGACGCCAACAAUGGCGAGGUCUGGGGCAGUCUUGGCCAUUGCUAUCUCAUGAUGGACGAUUUGCAACAGGCAUACGCCGCCUACCAGUCUGCACUGGUGAACUUACCGAACCCCAAAGAGCCCAAACUUUGGUACGGUAUAGGGAUCCUAUACGAUCGGUAUGGCUCCCUCGACCAUGCCGAGGAAGCCUUUUCGCAAGUCAUGCAGAUGCAGCCCGACUUCGAGAAGGCCAACGAGAUCUACUUCCGUCUGGGUAUAAUUUACAAACAGCAGUCCAAGUAUGGUCCGAGUCUAGAGUGCUUUAAAUACAUCGUAAACUCCCCCCCUCCGCCGCUGACAGAGGAGGAUAUUUGGUUCCAAAUCGGGCACGUCCACGAACAGCAAAAAGACUAUGACAGCGCAAAGGUGGCCUACAUGCGGGUUCUUGACCGUGACCCAAACCACGCCAAGGUCUUGCAGCAGCUUGGCUGGUUACAUCACCAGCAAAGCAGUAGUUUCCAGACGCAGGAACGCGCAAUCGAGUAUCUAGAGAAGUCCGUUGCCGCUGACAACAACGACGCUCAGAGCUGGUAUCUUCUCGGUCGAUGUUACAUGUCACAGCAGAAGUAUCCUAAAGCCUACGAAGCGUACCAACAGGCCGUGUAUCGCGACGGCCGGAAUCCUACCUUUUGGUGUUCCAUUGGUGUGCUCUAUUACCAGAUCAAUCAGUACCGCGACGCAUUGGAUGCAUAUUCCCGUGCCAUACGCUUGAACCCGUACAUAUCCGAGGUCUGGUACGACCUGGGUACUUUGUACGAGUCGUGUAACAAUCAGAUCAACGACGCCCUCGACGCCUACCAGAGGGCUGCCGAGUUGGACCCUACCAACCCGCACAUCAAGGCUCGAUUGCAGCUGCUACGUGCCGGCCAGACCCCGGGAAGUCUCCCGCAAGCUGUACCUACCGACGUCCACCCCCAGUCGUACGGGGCCCAGGGACCGCAGGCACCUCCGUGGACCGGCUCUGCGCCGAUGCAGCAGUCCGGACCCGGAGCCCCUCAUAGGCCACUGCCGGGGCCUGCCGCCGCGAACGGCUGGGGCCAGAGAGCUAGCGAUAUCAACCCGCCGCAGCCGCCCAAUCCCUACGAGCAGCGGGAGCCCUUUCGCGGGCCGGCGCCCCCGCUUCCACGGCAACCCAGUCCUCGGCAGGAGAUGAGGCAGUAUGGGGAAUCCUCCCGCCCGGGCCCGGCGCCGAUUCGAAGGGGCCCUUCCCCCGGCCCUCCCAACCAAUAUCCUCCGCCAGGCCCGUCCCAGCAGCCUCCGCCACCCCCGGCGCAAGGGCCGGCCAGAGUUACUAACCCUAACUAUACACCGGCACCUUCUUCCAGUAUGGCCCCGGUCAACGGCCCGCCCAAUGGACCACCGCCACCGCAUUCCUUGUUGUCUUACCGCAACGGUUCUCCGCGCUCGGAGCCGCGGCCCAUCCACGACAACCGCAUGCCCUCUCCAAAAUCAGCGUAUCCACAGCAUCAACCUCCGUACCCUCAUCACCCGGAGCCUGGGAUGCCUAGCAGCAUGGAGCCGGGUGCUCCGCCUCACCCGAAAGUGCCGAUCGGCCCCGAUAUGCAUCGGGAUCAUGACCGCCCGGCAUCUGUGGCAUCGAAGAGGAUGCGGGAGUGGGAAGACGAGCCCUCCAUCAAGAAGCCCGCUAACGAUGAAAACCGAGCGCGUAUGGAGGAUAUGCGCCACCGCCGGCCGUCAACGCCACCCCGAGAGCAUUAUCGUCGUUCGCCCGACGCUCAUCGCUUCGAGGAUCCGCGCCGCAUAGAAGAACAACGGCUCGCCGAUGCUCAGAGGAGGGUCGAAGAGAUGCGGCGUGUCGAGGAGCAACGGCACCCAAACGACGGUUACCACCCGUCGGAGGCUGCCCACCACCCCUCUACUCAUGCCAUGACGAACCAGAACCAUCUACCUCCCAUGCAGCAGGGUCCUCCACCCAUCAACGGCUUAAUUCACGACGGACCGCAACCGAGCCCGGCCCCAAAAGAUUAUCCUGACGAGCGACAAAGACUCGAACAUCCCGUCGCUCCCGCUCCGCCCCAGAUAAAUGAGCCCGAGCGGGCGGCUAGGAAGAUGGAUGUCGAUGACGAUUACGACGAUAGCGGGGAAGAGGAAAAGAAGGUCAACGUCGGAGGGCCGGCUUCGGGCGCCGGUUCAGCGGUCGGGGACCUGAAGAAUACCACGCCAACGAGCUCGAGCAUUAACGGGCUCAUGGGGCCGGCGCCGAAGGUUGAGGGAAACGCUUGAAGCGACCUGGCUUAAUGAAUACUUGGAACGUCGAUACAUACCCCCGUUGGCCAUCGUGCUUGGAUUGCUUCAAAACUGUGUAUAUCAGUUGCUAAGUUGGCGGGCAGCCCCUCUCUGUUAGAAACUAGAGAAGGCGACGUCAAGUCUGACAAUCGUUUUUAACUGUUUACUUUAUUACUCUCGAGGAAUCAAUUUAACAUUAACUACCUACGUUGAGACUCUUUUGACGAGAUAACCCCGUUUACGAUUCUGUGACGGAUAUGCAUAGGAGGUACAUAGAUCAAGGGGGCUCCCCCUAACACAAGGGUGUACCUACCUAAGGUAGGUAUGUGCUAGGUUGAGCAGUAAAUAGGUACCUAGG